CAAGAGCCGCCUCCGUGCGCGGGGGCCCGGCCACUCGGAGCAGCUCCGCCGCGGGGACUGCACCGCCCGCCCUGCCGGACCCGCCCCGACUGGGGCUCGCCGCCUGCAGCAGCCUCAGCACCGCGACAUCGGGCCCCGUUCUGGCUAUGGCUGUGCCCUGGGGCUGAGCGCGCAGGUAGGGGCGCCGGGCACACCGCGGCGUGGUGGGGCAGCAGGACACCGAGAACGCGAGAGGGGAGGCCGCUGCAGGGCUUGGGCGAGGCGCUUUGGGCUGUGUGAUCGUGACUCCCCACCAGAGAGACUGAGGCGAGAGGAAGGAGGGGCGGGCUCCUGGCAAGGCACUCGCUCCUGAACAGAGUCCUGCAGAAGAUGGAGAAGGAGGACGAGGCGACCCGGGAGCUGCUGCUGCCCAGCUGGCAGGGCAGCGGCUCCCACGGGCUGACCAUCACCCAGAGGGACGACGGCGUCUUUGUACAGGAGGUGAUGCAGAACUCCCCUGCGGCCCGCACUGGGGUGGUGAAGGAGGGGGACCAGAUUGUGGGUGCCACCAUAUACUUUGACAACCUUCAGUCGGGCGAGGUGACCCAGCUGCUGAACACCAUGGGCCACCACACCGUGGGCCUGAAGCUGCACCGCAAGGGGGACCGCUCCCCGGAGCCCGGCCAGACCUGGGCCCACGAAGUCUUCAGCUCCCGCAGCUCCGAGGUGGUUCUGAGCGGGGAUGAUGAGGAGUACCAGCGCAUCUACACCACGAAGAUCAAGCCCCGGCUGAAGUCGGAGGACGGAGUAGAAGGGGACCUUGGGGAGACCCAGAGCCGCACCAUCACGGUGACUAGAAGGGUCACUGCCUACACCGUGGAUGUGACGGGCCGGGAAGGAGCCAAGGACAUCGACAUCAGCAGCCCUGAGUUCAAGAUAAAGAUUCCACGGCAUGAACUGACUGAAAUCUCCACUGUGGAUGUGGAGACCCAGCCUGGGAAGACAGUGAUCAGACUGCCUUCGGGCUCAGGGGCAGCGCCUCUGACCACAGGCUCUGCUGUGGACACCCGAGCGGGGUCCACUUCUGCUUCAGGACCAGAGCUCCAAGGUGCUGGCCGCUCGAAGCCCCAGGUCACCGUGCCUGGGAUAAAGGUGGGAAGCCCAGGUGUCAGUGUCAGUGCAAAGGGCUCGGACUGGGGUGGCAAAGGAGGGGCCCAAGUUCCAGGAGGGGACAUUGGGAGCAGGGCAGUAGAUGUGCAGGGCCCACCUCUUGAGAGAGGCAACAAUGGGAAAAUUAAAAUCCCCACCAUGAAAAUGCCAAAAUUUGGUUUCUCGACAGGGCCUGAGGCCCCAGAGGCAGGGUUGAGUGUUUCUGCACCUGAAUUCUCUGGGGAGCACAAGGGCAGCAAGCCAGGCUUGACCACUGGUGGGAGCGUCCAGACCCCUCAGCUGGAAGUCGGUGCUCCCUCUGUCGAUGUUGAGGGUCUUGAGGGGAAGCUGAAGGGCCCCCAAAUCACCGGGCCAUCCCUUGAGGGUGACCUAGGCCUGAGAGGCGCCAAGCCACAGGGGAGCACAGGGGUGGACAUCUCUGUGCCCAAAAUCAAGGGCAGCACCAGUGGCUCCUGUGUGGAAGUUCGAGCCCCUGACGUUGAUAUUCAGGGGCCUGGGGGCAAACUGGAUAUGGCCAAGAUGAAAGUCCCCCUAUUCUCCUUGUCAGGUUCUAAGGGAGAGGGAGCUGGCAUUGAUGUGACACUGCCCACGGGUGAAGUGACUCUUCCUGGGGCCUCUGAGGGCGUCAGCCUGCCUGAGAUUUCUGCUGGUGGGGUGGAAGGGAAGGUGAAGGGUCCUAAAAUCAAGACUCCUGAAAUGAUUAUUCAGAAACCUAAAAUCUCUAUGCAAGAUGUGGAUUUGAGCCUUGGGUCCCCUAAACUGAAAGGAGAUAUUAAGGUUUCUUCUCCUGGGGUUCACAGUGACAUUAAAGGCCCUCAAGUGGCAGUGAAAGGCUCUAAAGUGAACAUAGAGACACCCAGUCUAGAGGGGACCCUGACAGGCCCCAACCUUAGUAGUCCUUCUGGGAAAACAGGAACCUGCAGGAUCUCUAUGGCAGAUGUAGACUUAAAUGUGGCUCCACCUAAAGUGAAAGGGGGUGUGGAUGUCAUACUCCCAAAAGUAGAAGGAAAAGUCAGAGUCCCUGAAGUUGACAUCACAGGCCCCAAGGUGGACAUCAGUGCCCCUGAUGUGGACAUUCAUGGCCCAGAGUGGCAUCUGAAGAUGCCCAAGAUGAAAAUGCCCAAGUUCAGCACACCAGGAAUCAAAGGGGAAGGCCCAGAUCUAGACGUGAAUCUACCCCAAGGAGAUGUCAGUGUUUCAGGGCCCACGGUCAACGUGGAAGCCCCAGAUGUCAACGUGGGAGGCAAACUUGAGGGCCCUGAUAUUAAGCUGUCUGAAAUGAGUGUCAAGACCCCACAGAUCUCCAUGCCUAGUGUCGGUCUGCAUGUCAGAGGCACGACAGUAAAAGGAGAGUGCGACGUAACAGUACCAGAACUUCAAGGAGAGCUGAAAGGCCCCAAAGUGGACAUUGAUGCCCCAGAGGUGGACAUUCAUGGCCCAGACUGGCAUGUGAAGAUGCCCAAGAUGAAAAUGCCCAAAUUCAGUGUGCCAGGCUUCAAAGCAGAGGGCCCAGACCUGGGUGUGAGCCUGCCCAAGCCUGAUGUGGACAUUUCUGGACCCAAGGUAGAGGUUAGUGCUCCAGAUGUGAGCAUUGAGGGACCAGAAGGGAAAUUGAAAGGACCUAAGUUUAAGAUGCCUGAGAUGAAUAUCAAAGCCCCAAAGAUCUCCGUGCCAGAUGUGGACUUACAUUUGAAAGGCCCUAACGUAAAAGGAGAAUAUGAUGUCACAGUGCCAAAGGUUGAAGGUGAGAUUAAAGUUCCUGAUGUUGAACUUAAAAGUGCCAAAGUGGACAUCGAUGCCCCAGAGGUGGACAUUCACAGCUCAGACUGGCACCUGAAGAUGCCCAAGGUGAAAAUGCCCAAGUUCAGCAUGCCUGGCUUCAAAGCAGAGGGCCCAGAAGUGGAUGUGAGUCUGCCCAAGGCCGACAUUGAUGUCUCAGCACCUAAGGUGGAUGUUGAUGUUCAAGAUGUGAAUAUUGAAGGACCUGAGGGAAAGUUGAAGGGUCCCAAGUUUAAGAUGCCAGAGAUGAAUAUCAAGGCUCCAAAGAUCUCCAUGCCUGAUGUAGAUUUGCAUAUGAAAGUUCCCAAGGUCAAGGGGGAAUACGAUGUGACACCACCAAAGCUGGAAGGGGAACUGAAAGGGCCAAAAGUGGACAUCAGUGCCCCAGAUGUUGAAGUUCAUGGUCCUGACUGGAACCUAAAAAUGCCCAAGAUGAAAAUGCCCAAAUUUACAAUGCCUAGCCUCAAAGGGGAGGGCCCAGAACUGGAUGUGAACCUGCCCAAGGCUGAUCUGGACAUUUCGGCACCCACAGUAGAUAUUACUGCUCCAGAUCUGAGCCUUGAAGGACCGGAAGGAAAGUUGAAAGGUCCCAAAUUUAAGAUGCCUGAGAUGCACUUCAAAGCUCCUAAGAUGACUAUGCCAGAUGUUGACCUGGAUCUUAAAGGACCCAAAAUGAAAGGAAAUCUAGAUAUGUCAGCACCCAAAAUAGAAGGUGAGAUGAAAGUACCAGAUGUGGACAUCAAAGGCCCCAAUGUAGACAUUAAAGCACCAGAUGCAGAAAUUCAGGGUGCAGAAUGGAGCCUGAAGAUGCCCAAGAUGAAAAUGCCCAAGUUCAGCAUGCCCGGCUUCAAAGCUGAGGGCCCAGACUUGGAUGUGAGCCUGCCCAAGGCUGACAUUGAAAUUGCUGCACCCAAGGUUGACAUCAAAGCCCCAGAUGUGAACCUUGAGGGACCAGAAGGGAAGCUGAAGGGCCCCAAGUUCAAGAUGCCCGAGAUGCAUUUCAAGUCCCCCAAGAUCUCCAUGCCUGAUGUGGAUAUAGACUUGAAAGGCCCCAGAGUCAAAGGGGAUGUGGAUGUGUCUGUGCCCAAGAUGGAAGGUGAAAUGAAAGUGCCAGAUGUGGACAUCGAAGGACCCAGAAUGGACAUCGAUGUCCCAGAUGUGGAUGUUCAUGGUCCAAACUGGCACCUGAAGAUGCCCAAGAUGAAAAUGCCCAAGUUCAGCAUGCCCGGCUUCAAAGCUGAGGGCCCAGACUUGGAUGUGAGCCUGCCCAAGGCCGACAUUGAAAUCGCUGCACCCAAGGUUGACAUCGAAGCCCCAGAUGUGAGCCUUGAGGGACCAGAAGGGAAGCUGAAGGGCCCCAAGUUCAAGAUGCCCGAGAUGCACUUCAAGUCCCCCAAGAUCUCCAUGCCUGAUGUGGACCUGAAUCUUACAGGCCCAAAACUAAAGGGGGGUGUGGAUGUGUCUCUGCCUGAUGUAGAAGGUGAAGUGAAAGUGUCAGAUGUGGACAUUAAAGGUCCCAAAGUUGACAUCAGUGCCCCAGAUGUGGAUGUUCAUGGCCCAGACUGGCACCUGAAGAUGCCCAAGGUGAAAAUGCCCAAGUUCAGCAUGCCGGGCUUCAAAGGAGAGGGCCCAGACGUGGAUGUGAGCCUGCCCAAGGCCGACAUUGAUGUCUCUGGGCCUAAGGUGGAUGUUGAAGUUCCAGAUGUGAAUAUUGAAGGUCCUGAAGCAAAACUAAAGGGUCCUAAAUUUAAGAUGCCAGAAAUGAAUAUAAAGCCUCAGAAGAUAUCCAUGCCAGAUGUUGGUUUGCAUUUGAAAGGUCCUAAAAUGAAGGGAGAUUAUGAUGUUACAGUCCCAAAAGUAGAAGGAGAGUUAAAAGCUCCUGAUGUCAACAUCAGAGGUCCCAAAGUGGACGUUAAUGCACCAGAUGUGGGAGUUCAUGGCCCAGACUGGCACCUGAAGAUGCCCAAGGUGAAAAUGCCCAAGUUCAGCAUGCCGGGCUUCAAAGGAGAGGGCCCAGAUGUGGAUGUGAGCCUGCCCAAGGCUGACAUUGAUGUUUCAGGACCCAAGGUGGACAUUGAUGCUCCAGAUGUGAAUAUUGAAAGUCCAGAGGGGAAACUAAAGGGUCCCAAGUUCAAGAUGCCAAGCAUGAAUAUACAGACGCACAAAAUCUCUAUGCCUGAUGUUGGACUUAACCUGAAAGCCCCUAAACUGAAAGCGGAUGUAGAUGUUUUCCUUCCCAAAGUGGAAGGAGACUUGAAAGGUCCUGAAGUUGAUGUAAAAUCCCCUAAGAUGGAUGUGGAUGUUGGUGAUAUUGAUCUGGAAUGUCCUGAUGCAAAGUUGAAAGGCCCCAAGUUUAAGAUGCCCGAGAUGCACUUCAAGGCCCCCAAGAUCUCCAUGCCUGAUGUGGACUUACACCUGAAAGGCCCCAAAGUCAAAGGGGAUGUGGAUGUGUCUGUGCCCAAGGUGGAAGGUGAAAUGAAAGUGCCAGAUGUGGACGUCAGAGGCCCCAAAGUGGAUGUUGAUGCCCCAGAUGUGGGAGUUCACGGCCCAGACUGGCACCUGAAGAUGCCGAAGGUAAAAAUGCCCAAGUUCAGCAUGCCGGGCUUCAAAGGAGAGGGCCCGGAUGUGGAUAUGAGCCUGCCCAAGGCUGACAUUAAUGUGUCUGGACCCAAAGUGGACAUUGAUGCUCCUGAUCUGGAUAUUGAGGGACCAGAAGGAAAAUUAAAAGGCUCUAAAUUUAAGAUGCCUAAGCUGAAUAUCAAAGCUCCCAAGAUAUCCAUGCCAGAUGUAGACUUGAAUUUGAAGGGACCCAAACUGAAAGGAGAGAUAGAUGCUUCUGUGCCAGAACUAGAAGGUGAUCUCAGAGGUCCCCAGGUUGAUAUCAAAGGUCCCAAUGUGAAUGUGGAGGUGCCUGAUGUUGAUCUGGAAUGUCCUGAUGCAAAGUUGAAAGGCCCCAAGUUCAAGAUGCCUGAGAUGCACUUCAAGGCCCCCAAGAUCUCCAUGCCUGAUAUGGACUUACACCUGAAAGGCCCCAAAGUCAAAGGGGAUGUGGAUGUGGAUGUGCCCAAGGUGGAAGGUGAAAUGAAAGUGCCAGAUGUGGACAUCAAAGGACCUAAAGUGGACGUUGAUGCCCCAGAUGUGGAUGUUCACGGCCCAGACUGGAACUUGAAGAUGCCCAAGAUGAAAAUGCCCAAGUUCAGCAUGCCUGGCUUCAAAGCUGAGGGCCCAGACUUGGAUGUGAGCCUUCCCAAGGCCGACAUUGAAAUCGCUGCACCCAAGGUUGACAUUGAAGCCCCAGAUAUGAACCUUGAGGGACCAGAAGGGAAGCUGAAGGGCCCCAAGUUCAAGAUGCCUGAGAUGCACUUUAAGGCCCCCAAGAUCUCCAUGCCUGAUGUGGACUUACACUUGAAAGGCCCCAGAGUCAAAGGGGAUGUGGAUGUGUCUGUCCCAAAAUUGGAAGGAGAUUUGAAAGGUCCCAGUGUGGAUGUGGAGGUGCCUGAUGUUGAUCUGGAAUGUCCUGAUGCAAAGUUGAAAGGCCCCAAGUUCAAGAUGCCUGAGAUGCACUUCAAGGCCCCCAAGAUCUCCAUGCCUGAUGUGGACUUACACCUGAAAGGCCCCAAAGUCAAAGGGGAUGUGGAUGUGUCUGUGCCCAAGGUGGAAGGUGAAAUGAAAGUGCCAGAUGUGGACAUCAAAGGACCUAAAGUUGAUAUCAGUGCCCCAGAUGUGGGAGUUCAUGGCCCAGACUGGCACCUGAAGAUGCCCAAGAUGAAAAUGCCCAAGUUCAGCAUGCCGGGCUUCAAAGGAGAGGGCCCGGAUGUGGAUGUGAGCAUGCCCAAGGCUGACAUUGACAUUUCUGUACCAAAGGUUGACAUUGAAGCCCCAGAUGUGAGCCUUGAGGGACCAGAAGGAAAACUGAAAGGUAGUAAGUUCAAGAUGCCUGAAAUGCACUUUCAUGCCCCCAAGAUCUCCAUGCCUGAUGUGGAUUUCAACUUAAAGGGAUCUAAAAUCAAAGGAGACUUUGAUGUUUCUGCCCCAAAGCUAGAGGGAGAAUUCAAGGGUCCAGAAUUGGAUGUCAAAGGCCCCAAAUUAGAUGCUGACAUGCCAGAUGUAUCUGUGGAAGGUCCAGAUGGCAAAUGGAAAGGUCCUAAAUUUAAGAUGCCAGACAUGCACUUUAAAUCUCCCAAAAUCUCCAUGCCAGAUAUUGAUCUACACUUAAAAAGCCCCAAGAUAAAGGGAGAGGUGGAUGUAAAUAUUCCCAAAUUGGAAGGUGACCUCAAAGGGCCAGAUAUCAAAGGUGACAUCAGUGGGCCAGAUAUUGACAUUGAAGGACCAGAGGGCAAAUUGAAAGGCCCCAAGUUCAAGAUGCCUGACAUGCAUUUCAAAGCUCCAAAUAUUUCUAUGCCUGAUGUGGAUCUAAAUCUGAAAGGACCAAAACUUAAGGGAGAUGUAGAUGUGUCUGUGCCUGAGGUAGAAGGUAAAUUUAAAGUACCAGAUGUGAAUAUCAAAGGCCCCAAAGUGGAUAUAAAUGCUCCUGAUGUUCAUGGCCCAGACUGGCACCUGAAGAUGCCCAAGGUGAAAAUGCCCAAGUUCAGCAUGCCCGGCUUCAAAGGAGAGGGCCCGGAUGUGGAUGUGAGCCUGCCCAAGGCUGACAUUGAUAUGUCAGCACCCAAAGUGGACAUUGAAGGUCCUGAUGUUAAUAUUGAAGGGCCUGAGGGAAAGUUGAAAGGUCCCAAGUUCAAGAUGCCCGAGAUGAACAUCAAAGCCCCCAAGAUCUCCAUGCCUGACUUUGACUUGCACCUGAAAGGUCCGAAGGUCAAAGGAGAUGUGGAUGUUUCCCUGCCUAAGGUGGAGGGUGACCUAAAAGGCCCUGAAGUUGACAUCAAAGGCCCUAAAGUGGACAUCGAUGCCCCAGAUGUGGGAGUUCAUGGCCCAGACUGGCACCUGAAGAUGCCCAAGGUGAAAAUGCCCAAGUUCAGCAUGCCGGGCUUCAAAGCAGAGGGCCCAGAUGUGGAUGUGAGCCUGCCCAAGGCCGACAUUGACGUCUCAGCACCCAAGGUGGAUGUCGAAUGUCCUGCUGUUAAUGUUGAAGGACCUGAAGGAAAGUGGAAAAGUCCGAAGUUUAAGAUGCCUGAAAUGCAUUUUAAGACUCCAAAGAUAUCCAUGCCAGAUAUUGAUCUUAAUUUAACAGGUCCAAAAAUGAAAGGAGAUGUGGAUGUCACAGGUCCCAAGAUAGAAGGAGAUAUAAAAGGCCCUGAAGUUGACAUCAAAGGCCCUAAAGUGGACAUUGAUGCCCCAGAUGUGGAUGUUCAUGGCCCAGACUGGCACCUGAAGAUGCCCAAGGUGAAAAUGCCCAAGUUCAGCAUGCCCGGCUUCAAAGGAGAGGGCCCAGACAUGGAUGUGAGCCUGCCCAAGGCUGACAUUAAUGUCUCAGCACCCAAAGUGGACAUUGAAGGUCCUGAUGUUAAUAUUGAAGGACCUGAGGGAAAGUUGAAAGGUCCCAAGUUCAAGAUGCCCGAGAUGAACAUCAAAGCCCCCAAGAUCUCCAUGCCUGACUUUGACUUGCACCUGAAAGGUCCGAAGGUCAAAGGAGAUGUGGAUGUUUCCCUGCCUAAGGUGGAGGGUGACCUAAAAGGCCCUGAAGUUGACAUCAAAGGCCCUAAAGUGGACAUCGAUGUCCCAGAUGUGGAUGUUCAUGGCCCAGACUGGCACCUGAAGAUGCCCAAGAUGAAAAUGCCCAAGUUCAGCAUGCCGGGCUUCAAAGGAGAGGGCCCAGAAGUGAAUGUGAGCCUGCCCAAGGGUGACAUUGAUCUCUCAGCACCUAAGGUGGAUGUUGAAGUUCCUGAUGUCAAUAUUGAAGGUCCUGAUGCAAAACUAAAGGGCCCCAAGUUCAAGAUGCCUGAAAUGAACAUCAAAGCCCCCAAGAUCUCCAUGCCUGACUUUGACUUGCACCUGAAAGGUCCUAAGGUCAAAGGGGAUGUGGAUGUUUCCCUGCCUAAGGUGGAGGGUGACCUAAAAGGCCCUGAAGUUGACCUCAAAGGCCCCAAAAUGGACAUUGAUGUCCCGGAUGUGGAUGUUCAUGGCCCAGACUGGCACCUGAAGAUGCCCAAGGUGAAAAUGCCCAAGUUCAGCAUGCCGGGCUUCAAAGGAGAGGGCCCAGAAGUGGAUGUGAGCCUGCCCAAGGGUGACAUUGACAUCUCAGCACCCAAGGUGGACAUUGAAAGCCCUGAUUUUAAUAUUGAAGGGCCAGAUGCACAACUGAAGGGUCCCAAAUUCAAGAUGCCUGAGAUGAACAUUAAAGCCCCCAAGAUCUCCAUGCCUGACAUUGAUCUUAAUUUGAAGAGCCCCAAAAUGAAGGGUGAUGUGGAUGUGUCUUUACCAAAAGUAGAAGGUGUGAUUAAGGUUCCUGAUGUGGAUAUUAAAGGCCCCAAAGUGGACAUUGAUGCCCCAGAUGUGGAUGUUCAUGGCCCAGACUGGCACCUGAAGAUGCCCAAGGUGAAAAUGCCCAAGUUCAGCAUGCCAGGCUUCAAAGCAGAGGGCCCAGAUGUGGAUGUGAGCCUGCCCAAGGCUGACAUUGAUGUUUCAGGACCCAAGGUGGACAUUGAUGUUCCAGAUGUGAAUAUUGAGGGUCCAGAUGCAAAGCUGAAGGGCCCCAAGUUCAAAAUGCCUGAGAUGAACAUCAAAGCACCUAAGAUAUCAAUGCCAGAUUUGGACCUUAAUCUUAAAGGCCCUAAAAUGAAAGGGGAGGUGGAUGUUUCACUUCCAAACAUAGAGGGUGAUUUGAAAGGGCCUACUCUUGACAUUAAGGGCCCGAAAGUAGAUUUAGAUGCUCCUGAUAUUGACAUUCAUGGCCCAGAAGGUAAAUUAAAAGGUCCAAACCUGAAGAUGCCUGACAUGCAAGUAAACAUUCCCAAGAUCUCCAUGCCAGAAAUUGACCUGAAUUUGAAAGGCUCAAAGCUUAAGGGAGAUGUUGAUAUUUCUGGGCCCAAAUUGGAAGGUGACAUUAAGGCUCCCAAGUUGGAUGUAAAGGGCCCAGAAGUGGAUAUUUCUGGCCCUAAGCUGAAUAUUGAAGGCAAGUCAAAGAAAUCUCGUUUUAAGCUUCCCAAAUUUAAUUUUUCGGGCUCUAAAGUUCAGACACCUGAGGUGGAUGUCAAAGUUAAAAAGCCAGAUAUUGAUGUGACAGGUCCAAAAGUUGACAUUAAUGCUCCUGAUGUUGAGGUUCAAGGAAAAGUGAAAGGCUCCAAGUUCAAAAUGCCUUUCCUGAGUAUUUCAUCUCCUAAAGUUUCUAUGCCUGAUGUGGAGUUAAACCUGAAAGGUCCUAAAGUCAAAGGAGACUUAGAUGUUGCAGCUCCCAGUUUAGAAGGUGACUUUAAAGGACCCAAAAUGGAUAUAAAAGCACCAGAAGUUAAUCUUGAUGCACCUGAUGUGGAUGUUCAUGGUCCAGACUGGAAUUUGAAAAUGCCCAAGAUGAAAAUGCCUAAGUUUGGUGUGCCUGGCUUAAAAGCAGAAGGGGCAGAUAUGACUGUGGAUCUGCCAAAAGGAGAUAUCGAUAUAGAGGGUCCCAGAAUGAACAUUGAGGGCCCAGAAAUCAAUGUGGAAGGACUAGAAGGAGGCUUGAAAGGUCCCAAACUCAAGAUGCCUGACAUGAAUAUCAAAGCUCCCAAGAUCUCCAUGCCUGACCUUGAUUUAAACCUGAGGGGCCCCAAGUUGAAAGGUGAUGUGGAUGUUUCUCUGCCCAAAGUUGAAGGAGAUCUGAAAGGGCCAGAGGUUGAUAUCAAGGGCCCCAAAGUGGACAUUGAUGUCCCAGAUGUGGGAGUUCAUGGCCCAGACUGGCACCUGAAGAUGCCCAAGGUGAAAAUGCCCAAGUUCGGCAUGCCGGGCUUCAAAGCAGAGGGCUCAGACGUGGAUGUGAGCCUGCCCAAGGCCGACAUUGAUCUCUCAGCACCCAAAGUGGGUGUUGAAGUUCCAGAGGUCAGUAUUGAAGGUCCAGAUGCAAAACUGAAGGGCCCCAAGUUCAAGAUGCCUGAGAUGAACAUCAAAGCCCCCAAAGUCUCCAUGCCUGACCUUGAUCUGAGCUUGAAGGGUCCUAAAAUUAAGGGCGAUAUGGAUGUGUCUUUGCCAAAAGUGGAAGGUGACCUAAAGGGCCCUGAGGUGGACAUCAAGGGCCCCAAAGUGGAUAUUGACACUCCUGAUAUUAACAUUGAAGGGCCAGAGGGGAAAUUGAAGGGGCCCAAAUUCAAGAUGCCAGAGAUGCACCUGAAAGCUCCCAAGAUCUCCAUGCCUGACAUUGAUUUAAACCUGAAGGGCCCCAAAAUGAAGGGUGACAUGGAUGUAUCUGUGCCUAAAGUUGAAGGGGAUCUGAAAGGCCCUGAGAUUGACAUCAAAAGUCCCAAAGUAGACAUUGAUGCCCCUGAUGUGGAUGUUCACAGCCCAGACUGGCACUUGAAGAUGCCCAAGAUGAAAAUGCCCAAAUUCAGCAUGCCCGGCUUCAAAGGAGAGGGCCCAGACAUGGAUUUGAGCCUGCCCAAGGCUGACAUUAAUGUCUCAGCACCCAAAGUGGACAUUGAAGGUCCUGAUGUUAAUAUUGAAGGGCCUGAGGGAAAGUUGAAAGGUCCCAAGUUCAAGAUGCCCGAGAUGGACAUCAAAGCCCCCAAGAUCUCCAUGCCUGACUUUGACUUGCACCUGAAAGGUCCGAAGGUCAAAGGAGAUGUGGAUGUUUCCCUGCCUAAGGUGGAGGGUGACCUAAAAGGCCCUGAAGUUGACAUCAAAGGCCCUAAAGUGGACAUUGAUGCCCCAGAUGUGGGAGUUCAUGGCCCAGACUGGCACCUGAAGAUGCCCAAGGUGAAAAUGCCCAAGUUCAGCAUGCCAGGCUUCAAAGGAGAGGGCCCAGAAGUUGAUGUGAGCCUGCCCAAGGGUGACAUUGAUCUCUCAGCACCCAAGGUGGAUGUUGAAGUUCCCGAUGUCAAUAUCGAAGGUCCAGAUGCGAAACUGAAGGGCCCCAAGUUCAAGAUGCCUGAGAUGAACAUCAAAGCCCCCAAGGUCUCCAUGCCUGACUUUGACUUGCACCUGAAAGGUCCUAAGGUCAAAGGAGAUGUGGAUGUUUCCCUGCCUAAGGUGGAAGGUGACCUAAAAGGCCCUGACGUUGACCUCAAAGGCCCCAAAAUGGACAUUGAUGUCCCGGAUGUGGACGUUCAUGGCCCAGACUGGCACCUGAAGAUGCCCAAGGUGAAAAUGCCCAAGUUCAGCAUGCCCGGUUUCAAAGGAGAGGGCCCAGAAGUUGAUGUGAGCCUGCCCAAGGCCGACAUUGACAUCUCAGGACCCAAGGUGGACAUAGACACUCCUGACAUGGACAUUCAUGGUCCAGAUGGGAAACUGAAGGGCCCCAAGUUUAAAAUGCCUGACCUGCACCUCAAGGCACCCAAGAUCUCCAUGCCUGAAGUCGACCUGAAUCUGAAGGGUCCCAAGGUAAAAGGUGAUGUGGACAUUUCUCUGCCCAGAGUGGAAGGAGACCUCAAGGGCCCUGAAGUUGACAUCAAGGGCCCCAAAAUGGAUGUUGAUGUCCCAGAUGUGGACGUGCGUGGCCCAGACUGGAACCUGAAGAUGCCCAAGGUGAAAAUGCCCAAGUUCAGCAUGCCGGGCUUCAAAGCAGAGGGCUCAGACGUGGAUGUGAGCCUGCCCAAGGCCGACAUUGAUCUCUCAGCACCCAAAGUGGAUGUUGAAGUUCCAGAGGUCAGUAUUGAAGGUCCAGAUGCAAAACUGAAGGGCCCCAAGUUCAAGAUGCCUGAGAUGAAUAUUAAAGCUCCUAAGAUCUCCAUGCCUGACUUUGAUUUACACCUGAAGGGUCCCAAGGUAAAGGGUGAUGUGGACAUUUCCCUGCCUAAGGUGGAAGGUGACUUUAAGGGCCCUGAAAUUGACAUCAAGGGGCCCAAAGUGGACAUCGAUGCUCCUGAUGUGGACGUUCAUGGCCCAGACUGGCACCUGAAGAUGCCCAAGGUGAAAAUGCCCAAGUUCGGCAUGCCGGGCUUCAAAGCAGAGGGCCCAGACGUGGAUGUGAGCCUGCCCAAGGGUGACAUUGAUGUUUCAGGACCCAAGGUGGACAUUGAUGUUCCAGAUGUGAAUAUUGAAGGUCCAGAUGCAAAACUAAAGGGCUCCAAGUUCAAGAUGCCUGAGAUGAAUAUCAAAGCUCCCAAAAUAUCAAUGCCUGACCUUGACUUUAACCUGAGGGGCCCCAAAAUGAAGGGUGAUGUGGAUGUCUCUCUGCCUAAGGUGGAAGGUGACCUCAAGGGCCCUGAAAUUGACAUAAAGGGCCCCAAGUUGGAAGCUGACACUCCAGACAUCAAUAUUGAAGGUCCAGAAGGAAAAUUGAAGGGGCCCAAAUUUAAGAUGCCAGAGAUGCACAUUAAAACUCCUAAGAUUUCUAUGCCAGACUUUGACUUAAAUCUGAAAGGGCCUAAGGCAAAGGGGAAUGUAGACCUUUCACUUUCUAAAGUGGAAGGUCAUCUGAAAGGGCCAGAGGUGGACAUCGAAGGCCCUGAAGGGAAACUCAAAGGUCCCAAAUUUAAGAUGCCUGAUGUCCAUUUCAAAACCCCACAAAUCUCCAUGAGUGACAUUGACUUGAACUUGAAGGGACCUAAGAUAAAAGGAGAUUCGGACAUUUCCAGUCCUAAGUUGGAAGGAGAUCUGAAAGGUCCCAAAGUAGAUUUUAAAGGCCCUAAACUGGACAUAGACACUCCUGACAUAGACAUUCAUGGUCCAGAAGGGAAACUGAAGGGCCCCAAGUUUAAAAUGCCUGACCUGCACCUCAAGGCACCCAAGAUCUCCAUGCCUGAAGUCGACCUGAAUCUGAAGGGUCCCAAGGUAAAAGGUGAUGUGGACAUUUCUCUGCCCAGAGUGGAAGGAGACCUCAAGGGCCCUGACGUUGACAUCAAGGGCCCCAAAAUGGAUGUUGAUGUCCCGGAUGUGGACAUUCAUGGCCCAGACUGGAACCUGAAGAUGCCCAAGGUGAAAAUGCCCAAGUUCGGCAUGCCGGGCUUCAAAGGAGAGGGCCCAGACGUGGAUGUGAGCCUGCCCAAGGCCGACAUUGAUCUCUCAGCACCCAAAGUGGAUGUUGAAGUUCCAGAGGUCAGUACUGAAGGUCCAGAUGCAAAACUGAAGGGCCCCAAGUUCAAGAUGCCAGAGAUGAACAUUAAAGCUCCUAAGAUCUCCAUGCCUGACUUUGAUUUACACCUGAAGGGUCCCAAGGUACAGGGCGAUGUGGACGUUUCUCUGCCCAGAGUGGAAGGAGACCUCAAGGGCCCUGAAAUUGACAUCAAGGGGCCCAAAGUGGACAUUGAUGCCCCUGAUGUGGACGUUCAUGGCCCAGACUGGCACCUGAAGAUGCCCAAGGUGAAAAUGCCCAAGUUCGGCACGCCGGGCUUCAAAGCAGAGGGCCCAGACGUGGAUGUGAGCCUGCCCAAGGGUGACAUUGAUGUUUCAGGACCCAAGGUGGACAUUGAUGUUCCAGAUGUGAAUAUCGAAGGUCCUGAUGCAAAACUGAAGGGCCCAAAGUUCAAGAUGCCUGAGAUGAAUAUCAAAGCCCCCAAGAUCUCCAUGCCUGAUGUUGACCUGGAUUUGAAAGGACCUAAAGUCAAAGGUGAUUUUGAUGUGUCUGUCCCUAAGAUUGAAGGUACUUUCAAAGGCCCAGAGGUGGGCCUGAAAGGUCCAGGCCUGCAUUUUGAAUGCCCUGAUGCCAAACUCAGUGGCCCAAAUUUGAAGAUGCCAUCACUGGAUAUAUCUGCCCCUAAAGUAACUGCUCCUGAUGUUGAUUUACAUCUCAAGGCACCCAAAAUUGGAGUUUCUGGUCCCAAGGUAGAAGGUGGUGAACUGGACUUCAAGGGGCCUAAAGUGGAUUUAGAAGCUCCAAGUUUGGAUGUGCAAGUGGAGAGCCCAGACGUUAACAUUGAGGGGCCAGAUGUUAAAAUUCCCAAAUUUAAGAAACCCAAGUUUGGAUUUGGAGCAAAAAGCCCCAAAGCUGACUUCAAGUCCCCUUCGCUCGAUGUGACUGUUCCUGAAGCAGAGCUGAACGUUGAGACUCCUGAAAUUAGUGUUGGCGGCAAGGUCAAGAAAAGCAAGUUUAAAAUGCCUAAAAUUCACAUGAGUGGUCCUAAAAUUAAGGCCAAAAAACAGGGAUUUGAUUUGAAUGUUCCCGGAGGUGAAAUUGAUGCCGCUCUCAAGACUUCUGAUGUAGACGUCACUGUUCCCGGUCUGGAUGCCUCGCUUAAAGUCGAUGUGAAAUCUCCCAAAACCAAGAAACCUAUGUUUGGAAAAAUGUACUUCCCAGAUGUAGAAUUUGACAUUAAAUCACCUAAAUUUAAAGCUGAGGCCCCCCUCCCUAGCCCCAAAAUGGAGGGUGAAAUCCAGGCACCUGAUCUGGGUAUUUCUUCACCAGGGAUUAAUGUGGAAGGUCCUGACAUCAAGCUCAAGGCUUCCAAGUUCAAGGUGCCAGAUGUGGAUGUCUCAGUGCCAAAAAUAGAGGGGGACCUGAAAGGCCCCAGGGUACUGGCAAACUUGGGUGCACCAGACCUCAACAUCGAAGACCCAGAUGCCAAAGUGAAAGCACCAUCGUUUGGUAUUUCUGCUCCUCAAGUCUCCAUCCCUGAUGUGAAUGUUAGCUUGAAAGGACCAAAGAUAAAGGGUGAUGUCCCCAGUGUGGGAUUGGAAGGACCAGAAGUAGACCUGCAAGGUCCAGAAUCGAAAAUCAAGUUCCCCAAGUUUUCAAUGCCCAAGAUUGGCGUCCCUGGUAUGAAAAUGGAAGGUGGGGGAGCUGAGGCCCAUGCCCAGCUGCCCUCUCUUGAAGGAGGCUUGAGUGCACCAGAUGUUCAGCUCGAAGGGCCUGAUGUGUCUCUGAAGGGGCCAAAAGUAGACUUUCCUUCAGUGAGCCUCGCUAUGCCAAAAGUCCCUGGACCUGACCUUGACCUCAACUUGAAAGGACCAAGUUUGAAGGGAGACCUGGAUGUAUCUCCCCCCAGCAUGAAGGUGCAUGCCCCAGGGCUUGACCUCCGAAGUGUUGGUGGGAAGGUGAAGGUGCAAGGAGACGGUGUGACAGUGCCUGGAAUCGAUGCCACAACCAUGCUUAACGUCGGUGUGCCAGACGUGACCUUGAAGGGACCAAGCCUGCAGGGAGACCUGGCUGUCUGUGGUGACAUCAAGUGUCCUAAAGUAUCAGUAGGCGCUCCGGAUCUAAGCUUGGAGGCACCUGAAGGUGGUAUUAGACUUCCCCAAAUGAAACUGCCGCAGUUUGGCAUCUCUGCUCCAGGGCCUGACUUGGACAUUAAUGUCAAGGGGCCACAAGUUACUGGAGAACUGAAGGGGCCAGGCAUGGAUGUGAACCUCGGAGGACUGAAUCUGAAAGGGCCUCAGAUGUCUGGUCCUCAAAUCUCAGCACCGGGCAUGGACUUGAACUUGGAAGGACCAAAAGUAAAAGGGAGCCUUGGGGCCACUGGUGAGAUGAAAGGCCCCACUGCUGGAGGAGGUCUUCCAGGCAUCAGUGCUCAAGGCUUAGAGGGAAACCUCCAGAUGUCUGGAAUUAAGUCCUCUGGCUGUGGCGUGGAGCUGCCAGGACUGACUGUGAAACUCCCGACUGGGCAAAUCUCUGGUCCUGAAAUGAAAGGUGAUCUGAAAGGUUCGGGAAUAGGUUUCCACGGGGCUGCUCCUGAUGUUAGCUUGAAGGGGCCUUCGUUUAGUGUGGCAUCUCCUGAGUCAGAUUUCGGUGUCAGCCUGAAGGGCCCCCAAAUCAAAGGAGGUAUUGAUGUUUCAGGGGGUGUCAGUGCCCCAGAUACCAGCCUGGGUGAAGGGCAAGUGAAUGUCAAAGGUUCUGGGAGUGAGAGGAGAGGCCCUCAGGCCUCCUCCGCCUUCACCUUGGGUGCACCGAGGUUUGCUGGGGGACUUCAUUUCUCAGGACCAAAGGUAGAAGGAGAUGUGAAAGGAGGCCACAUCGGACUCCAGGGUCCGGGGCUGAGUGUGUCCGGGCCUCAAGGUCACUUGGAAAGUGGGUCUGGAAAAGUAACAUUCCCCAAGAUGAAGAUCCCCAAGUUCACCUUCUCUGGCCGGGAGCUGGUCGGCAGAGAAGUGGGGGUGGAUAUUAACUUCCCUAAGGCAGAGGCCAGUGUCCAGCCGGGUGCCGGAGAGGACGAGUGGGAAGAAUCCGACGUAAAACUGAAGAAGUCCAAAAUCAAAAUGCCUAAGUUCCAUUUUUCCAAAGCCAAGGGGAAGGGUGGCGUCACCAGCUCACCUGAAGCAUCCAUUUCAGGGUCCAAAGGGGACCUGAAGAGCUCGAAGGCCAGCCUAGGCUCUCUGGAAGGAGAGGCUGAGGCCGAAGCAUCUUCGCCCAAAGGCAAAUUCUCCUUAUUCAAAAGCAAGAAGCCCCGGCAUCGUUCAAAUUCCUUCAGUGAUGAAAGGGAGCUCUCAGCACCUUCCACCCCAACGGGGACUUUGGAGUUUGAAGGUGGUGAAGCGUCACCGGAAGGCGGGAAGGGCAAAGGGAAACACGGAAAGCUGAAAUUUGGUACCUUUGGUGGAUUGGGGUCAAAGAGCAAAGGUCAUUAUGAGGUGACAGGGAGCGAUGAUGAGGCAGGCAAGCUGCAGGGGAGUGGAGUGUCCUUGGCCUCUAAGAAGUCCCGACUGUCCUCAUCGUCUAGCAGCGACAGUGGGACCAAGGUUGGCAUCCAGCUUCCCGAGGUGGAGCUGGCGGUGUCCACGAGGAAAGAGUAGCAGGCCUUUGUGUGUGUACAUACAUGUAUAAAAAUACAUCAGCCUUGGGUGUGUUUGUAUAUAAACGCCGAAGAGAAACACGCCGACAGCCUCAGCACUAAUGCAAAGAGCUGGCCUCUGUCAGCGGCAAGCGCGGAAAGCCAACCGCCUGGGCCCCUGGAGCCUCACAGACAAGUAAAGCGUUUCAGGUUCGUCCAGCCCACGUGCAAGUCAGCGGUAUUUGCCUUAUGAUUUCAGUUCUUUUGCAUUGAAUGCUGAGAGCUCCUGUUUACUAAGCCAGCUUUUGUGUUUAUUAUUCUCAUUUUUACUGAACAUUGUUAGUGUUGGGGUAAUGGAAACUCACUUUUUCAUUGUAAUGACUUUUGGGGCUUUUGUUAGUAAGGGUGGGGUGGGGUAGAAGGCAGUAGAGGGGGCCAGACCUCCAUUUCUCCUAAGAUUGGAUCUACUCCAGCAGCAAAUGCCCAAAGGGGGCCGAGAGGGGCUGCCAGCAGGGCGUGUGGGUGUCUUUACUCCUUAGCAUCGCUUUUCUCCCCAGGGGUGGUGGUCCCAGCGGGUUUGGUGCUCACCGUAAGAGAGAAUUAGAAUCUGUUUGCAAAUUGGCCAACCCACCAGCUCAGCGCUGGGGGGGGUCUUCCAUUCUGGGUAUCGCAAAAGAAAUGUUUUCUUUAUGACUGCCACAUCCUGAUAGUAGUUCUGAUUUCUUUUAACAAAUGUUAUCAUGAUUAAGAAAAUUUCCAGCACUUUAAUGGCAAAUUAAUUGAGAAUGUAAGAAAAUCGAUGCUGUCAAAGGCAAAUAAAGCUGUUUAUUAACCCUGA